AUGGGCAUGCGUUCAGCUUUCAGCGCAGCCUCAGCUGACUUCUCGGGCAUAACUGGCUCCAGAGAUCUUUUCAUCGCAAGUGUUUUUCAUAAGGCUACCAUCGAGGUGAGUGCAUUGCUUCUUUCCAGCGAUUUUGUUACACCGUUAGGUCUGCGCCCAAAUUAAAGUGCUUCUGACCCUUUUUCCUUUUAGGUAGACGAGGAGGGAGCCGAAGCAGCUGCUGCGACGGAAGCUGAAGAGAUGCUCGGUUGCUCGUUCUGCCAAGUACCAAAAUUUAUUAUGGAUCAUCCCUUCCUGCUCUUUAUUGUCAGUGAAUCAGGCCUGCCAGUGUUCAUGGGUCACGUGGUAAAUCCGGAGCCAAAACAGUGAAUUGCCGCCUUUUUAUCACCGUGGCCAGGUAGGUCGUUUUCAUAGUCUUGCCUCCUAGUUAUCUUUUCUAUGACAUCACAGUCCGUUUGCAGUUGGGGAGUGACUCAGUUGCGCUUAUUAUUUCAAAGGUUUCCUGAUCUGGCCUUAAACACGUCUGAAAUCAUUGAUAUUCUGCUAAUACCUUGUGAAUGUCUCGGUGGGUUCCUUUACCAGGCCAGAUAAGCCCCAACCCUCACUGUGCACUCAAGCCAUCCAGAUCAAGGCUCUUGGGUCCAGCUAUGCGUGCGAGAUCUGUCUUUUUUUCUCGGCUGCUUUCAAGAAUGAAUUGCGUCUGACUGAACUACUCUAGGUUUGCAACUAUGUUAAGUCGGUAUUGAUUGUCGUUAUUUUUUGAUUUUCGCAGAAGCUGUUAUUUGGAGACGCGAGGUGUGGCAAGAAUUGGAUAUUGGAUCAUGAACAAUUUAGAUCACCAUUUAUGGAUAACGCAUACCAUUCCCCUCAAGGGUUAUGUUCUAUCCAUAUCGAAAGGACUUGUUUGAAUUAGUGCCCAUGUUUACGAGGCAGAGAUUUCGCGCCUACUUGGUCAGCUGGUUACUAACAUUUCGACAUUGCCCCUUAGAUUAAGUAUUCGAUUCCAGGUAGCAAAGGCAGCUUGCUGAUUUAGGAGCUUCGCUGUCUGUAGUGGCCGGAAAUUGUCGCCAAGAUGGUACUUUUAAAAAAAUACGUCUUUAUUGGAGCUGGCUUUUUCGACUGAAGACUUAUAAAAGGUGGCUGACAUCUGUGCCAGACAACCGAAAGUCAUCGAUGUGGCAGCUUCCUUCAGACGAAAAAAAUCUUUCCUGCUUGCCAUUAAGUCCUUUUCAACAAAGCCUUAGCGAAUUAUUCCAGCGAACUCGUGCACGCACAGUUCAUGACCAAUCUCAUUUAAGUUUAUGAGCUGCAAUCUCAAAUCGUUGUAGUGAGAGAACCGCCCGCCCCACCUCAACAAAAGUUAUUUAGGAUUAGAGGACAAGGGGAUGGUAUGAAACCCUUCGGGGGUGGGGGGCCGUGUGUAGCCACGAAACUUACACCAAUCAUUGGCAUGCCUUAAAUAAGAAAUCACUGACUUUAAAUCAUGCCCUAAAACCCUUAUUUUAGUGUCAACCAUAAAUCCGAACAACAUCUUAACCUAACAGCCCUAGUCCCAAGAAUAACUUAACUAACCAAUACUUACUGUGGGCUUUACCCUAAACUUGAGGCCUUAACGGGAAAUAUUAAUGCCUACAGCGCGUGGCCUAUCUCAUGAAAUGUCGGCUGAAAUUCUGAAAUGCGUUUUCAAUUAGGAAGGAUUUCUUGGUGGCGGUUGUGAUACUGAUUAUCUUAAGGCAUACUCUUUUAACAUUUUGGACUCGGCAGGAUGUCGGCUUUUAAAUGCAGUUCUUUUCAAUCUCCUGUAGAAAGCGUGCUCGAUUUAAAAUGACUACUUAAGUAGCAGGCAUUUUUCCUAUUGAUUUUCGAUGGUCUUGGAAAUUCAAUUAUACUUGUAGAAACCACGAACAAAAAUAUGCUUUCUGAUCAGAAGAAGAAGCGAUCGCUGGAACAAUGGCUUUUUUCGUCUGACGUUUCGGACUCUCUCUUGAAUCCAUCAUCAGAGACAGUUGCAGAAAAGGGUGGUUAGUGUACAGGAAGUCGCAGUAUUUAUAGGAUGCGGUCGCCAUGCUACCGCAUACCUACAGCAAUUAACCGUGCUCACUUCAUCAAGGAUUGUUGCCCGCUGGUGCGCUAAUGGCUUGGUGGCCGGCAUGCAAGUUGUUAAUUGCUGACAUCUCAUCACCCGUGUUGGAUGCUGGCGUGAUGAUUGCUCGGCCAUCUGGCUCACGUGCUUGCGCGCUCCUCGAGUGGUCAAUUGCUUUGGCCAGUCUAUGCCUCUAUGCCUCCAUAUUCUGUCCUGAGGCAUAGACUGGCCAAAGCAAUUGACCACUCGAGGAGCGCGCAAGCACAUGAGCCAGAUGGCCGAGCAAUCAUCACGCCAGCAUCCAACACGGGUGAUGAGAUGUCAGCAAUUAACAACUUGCAUGCCGGCCACCAAGCCAUUAGCGCACCAGCGGGCAACAAUCCUUGAUGAAGUGAGCACGGUUAAUUGCUGUAGGUAUGCGGUAGCAUGGCGACCGCAUCCUAUAAAUACUGCGACUUCCUGUACACUAACCACCCUUUUCUGCAACUGUCUCUGAUGAUGGAUUCAAGAGAGAAUCCGAAACGUCAGACGAAAAAAGCCAUUGUUCCAGCGAUCGCUUCUUCUUCUGAUCAGAAAGCAUAUUUUUGUUCGUGGUUUCUACAAGUAUAAUUGAAUUUGCAAGACCAUCGAAAAUCAAUGGGAAAAAUGCAUGCUAUUUAAGUCGUCAUUUUUUACCAAGCACGCUUUCUACAGAAGAUUGAGAAGAAGUGCAUUUAAAAGCCGACAUCCUGCCGAGUCCAAAAUGUUAUAAGAGUAUGCCUUAAGAUAAUCAGAAUCACAACCGCGACCAAGUAAUCCUUCCUAAAUGAAAACGCAUUUCAGAAUUUCAGCCAACAUUUCAUGAGAUAGGUCACACACUGUAUACUGCUGUCGGAGAUCGCAACAUGCUUCCCGCAAAAUCUCUAUCAAAGUUGUCGAUAAAAAAUCCAUUGUGAAGCAUAUCCACUUAGAAAAAGAAGGUAUGCUUUUGAGCGACCACCAAGAGGAUUUACAUACCCUACUCAUAAUGGUUAAAAUACGAUCGGGCUUUAAAAUGAGGCACAUUCCGGGUUGCAGAAUAUUAUUUAUUAAUCAAGAACUAUUGAAAAUACUAGCUAUCGACUCACGCGGCAGCUCUGAGGCUGCCAAUUUUCUUAUCCGCUCAAAUUCAGCUUCGGACAGGAACUGCUUCGUCCUCUUUGUUGCACGGCGUGGCGUAAAAAAGGUGGCGGCAUUUAGCGCGCAAUCUGUGUAUUCCUUUGUUAGCCCAGUAAUUCCAGGUUUAGUAAAAGGAAUACUGUCGAACCAGCUUAUUACUGCGUUAAAAAAACAUAAGACGCUACAAUUUAGCUGAAUUGAAUUUGUAAACAGUAAAUGGCUUCUUUUUUGUGAAAAUAAGGGGUUUUUACAUACACGCUUUGAUCUAAUGAAUUCAUGAUCACAAUUUCUGCUAUUGGAGUGGAUUUGUUUUAUAUUUUUUUCUGCCAUAUGAAUGUUCUUUUAUAAGGCCCAGCCCGGUUUUAAUAGGUGUUACUUAUUAGCAUAGGAAAUAAUUUGAACAUCCAUAAACGUAAAAUCUGUAUAAUAUCUUCCUUAUCCUGACGUAUUUACCCAAAAUGAAAUAAACUUAUCAUGAAUUAUUUAGAAAAAGCUUUUUAGGAUUUCAAUCAAUUCUAAAAAUAAAAAUAACUACACCAGAUACGUGUCGUACCACCAACUCAAAUUCCGAUCUCGGCAUUUCAUGAGUUCGGUCGUCGACUUUAUCUAUAAGAACUGGUUUCUAAGCAUUCUCAUCGAUCUGGUCUACUAGGUAGUUAUACGAGCACUUUAAACUAGCUCAUUCAGUUCCCCAGUUCGAACGAGAGUGACAGUGACUUUUGUGCGUUCACCCAGGGGAAUCACAUACCCUACUCAUACCUAUUAAAAAUACGAUCAGACUUCAAAAUGAAGCAUAGUGUGAGUUAUGCAAUAUUAUUUAUUAACCGGGAAAUAUUGAAAAUACUAGCUAACGACUCACGCCGCAACCCUUCGGCUGCCAAUUUUUGUAUCCGCUCCAAUUCAGUUGCCGAUGGGAACUGCUUCGUCAUCUUUGCUGUCCGGCGUGGCGUAUAAAACUGGCAGGAUGUAGUGCGCAGUCUGUAUAUACGUGUGUACGCCUAGUCGCCCCAGGUGUAGGGAAGCAAAUGCUGUCGAGCAAGCUCAUUACUGCGUUAAACACCGCAAAAAUUUACAAUGUUGCUGAAUUUAAUGCGUAAAAUAGUGCGUUUUUGCAUGCGUGCCCUGAUCUGAUUGUCAUGAACUCAAGAUCACAAUUUCUCCUUUAGGAGGUGAUAUUUUGCAUAUUUUCCGGGCCAUAGGAAUGUUCUUUUAUAACGCACGACGUGGGUAGGAAGUUUUAAUAGAUGCUACUUAUUAGCAUAGUAAAUAGUGUGCACAUACAGGGGAGUCAAAUAUUCAUGAUAUUUUCCUAAUCUUUGCCUACUUACUUCCAAUGAGAGGAAACUCUCAUGAAUUCUUGAGAAAGGGCUCACUAGGAUUUCAAUAAAUUUUAAAAACAAAAAUAUCUACAUUAGAAAUGUGUCGCACCACCAACUUAAAUACGGAUCUCGGCAUGCCAUGAGUUCGGCCGUCGACUUUAUCUGGCAUAGCUGGUUACCUAGAAUUCUUAUAGAUCUCGUCCACUAGGCAGUUAUACGUGCACGCUGAAAUAGCUCAUUGAGUUCCGAGAUCGAACGACAGUGACUAUUUAGAGACAAAGGGGCCACAGCGCCUGAUGGAUGACAAAGCUUAGCUGCACUGACUCCAGCAUCUAGAGACUUUUUAUCACGAAUUCAAGAGUCAGCAGCAGACGAUGGUUAUAUUUCACAAGGAAUUUUUGCCCGUGUCGGUAAAAAUUGUGGUCACACUUAAUAAACAACUCGUUAGUCCGUCGAAAGCGACAAGACUCACCACAGUCCUUGAGGGGGACAGAGCGCCGAACUACGCUUGAAUAGCGACGCGGGCUAAUUGUCCUAACGACUUUUGGAUGAGCGAUGUGUGGCGCCUUUCCGGCUAUUGAAGUGAAUACGCGCUUUUAUGUCUAGUGGGUGGUAUAAUCGAAGGCUAAACUAUACCGUCGUACUGGUAAUGAUAGCAUAUACACGCGUGAUCCGACUCGAGGUAGCAUAAGCCGUCGGCUGACUUAGGACCUUGGCAGAGACGAGAAGUGUACAUCCUUUGUGAAGUCUAUUUUUCGCAAGGAUCUCAUCCGCACCACGAAGAGCGGCCUUGUGUAACCUCGGGUGUGGAGCUUCCCCCUGUCUCUCAUGUAGUUGAACGGAAUUUGUGCGCAGGAAGUACCCCGACGUCUGCGGUGGUGACAGUUAGGAAAUCAAAUCCAUACGGUUUUUGGUCCUAGUGUUACAGUAGUAACCUUGAGUCUAAAUAAAUUCAGCAGCUACAUGACUGAGCACAGGGAGUCCAGACGAACAGAGACUUGGCCAGGGGACACAGGCAACGGCAAUUCUAGUCCUCCUGUUAUUGUGUCAUCGUUGGAAGAAGUUCUAGCAGUACGCAGGACAUUUGGUUGGAUAUAACUUACCCUUUCUCCUCCUUAUGGUAUUAAUUCUGAUGAUUACUUACCUCCCAUUCGAUAACUACUUAACAGAUCAAAUCAUUCCAACUACAACCCCUUUCUUUGCUCCAUAGCCAAAAUCGCUUCGACUGAAUUUUUUUCAGAAUAUCCUUCUUUUUCCAGUCCUUCGCGUCAAUCGGGAUGUCGGACGUCAUACUGCUUGUUUUGCCUUUGAAAUAUGACUCUUUCACUUUAUUCGCCUCGUUUUUUAUGUGAUCAACCAAAUUUUCUAAUGAUCUUCCCCAAUUAAACGUAAACAACGUCCGCCUUCCUUUAUCCCACUUAUUCUGACUUUGCAUUGGAUUUUUGGAUUGGGUAGGAAAAUCGGUAUGAUUUGCGCGUUGGUUUUAUGGGUCACUUUGAGAUUACUGUUAUUUCUAUCGGGCAAGUAGUCAGUAAAAUAACAAUCCCACGCGUUCCUAGCCGACCUCAUUUUAGAAAAUUGCAUGCAUCUUCUCAUCUUUGUGCGGCCGGAUUAAUUAGUCGAUUUCAGUCACCCGGGGUUAUACAAAUAUAGUCGGCGACAUAACUGUCAUAAAAAGAAAUAUUUUUCUGCCUUCCUUUAUCCCAUUAAUUCGGACUUUUCAUUGGAUUUUUGGAUUUGGAAGGAAAAUCAGUAUGUUUUCCCGGUGGGUUUUAUGGUUCACUUUGCGAGCACUGUUAGUUCUAUCGGGAAAGGAGUCAGUAAAAUAUCACACAGACGCGUUUGGAAACUGUUCCUCAGCGACCUCAUUUUAGAAAACUGCAUGCAUCUUUUCAGCUUUGUGCGGCCAGAUUAAUAAGGCGAUUUCUGUCACCCAGGAGUUAUACAAAUAUUCUCGGCGACAUUACUGUCAUAAAAAGAAAUAUUUUGCUGUUGGCCGCUGAGUGUCACUGUUCUGUGGUUCAGUUAUCCAUUUCGCCCCACUUCCUCAAAGACAUGUCGAUCGACCUAUGCAAGUGUUUCCUUCGAGCAAUUUAUUUGCAGGCUACGUUCACGGCAUGAUAAAUCUAAUUGCCGGGGAGAGGGGGGCGGGAGAUGACUGUGAGUUAGACCAAGCGCAUAUUCCUGUCGCAGGCAUUCUGUUUUAAGUCGCGUGUUGUCGUAACCAUAUUGUCUCGGGUAAUCUCCAUAGGUGCGCAUCCCCUAAGGGUCAUAGGUGCAUGCUUUGCAGUUUAAAUCAUCUUAUUGUCUAAGAGUGAUUUGUAAUAGCAGCCGGUUUCAUGAGACGAAGAUGCGAUCACUGCAACAAGAAAUUGAUUAGUCUGACGUUUCGGAUUCUCACUCGAAUCCAUCGUCAGAGACAAUCGCAGAUAAGGUUAAUGGAAGCACAAGGGAUGCAGCAUAUAUAGCACGUUGCCGUCGUGGAAGCUUAUGCGCAAUGUAAUUAACAGCUCUCAUAACCACCGCUGGAUCGUAAUUGAUGCGAUGAUGGCGUGUCAGUCCGCGUCCGAGUCGUUAAUGGCCAUGAAUUCGUAUAUUGUGUUGGAUAUGGGUGUGACGAUUGCUCGGCAAAUUGGUUUACUGUCACUGGAAUGUUUCCUCGUUCACGCUCUCCCCACAUGACUGAUUUACAUUCCCAGGGAAUGCCUUUAGCACAGUAUAUGGUAGCGGAAGAUCACUGCUGUGUUGGGUGAAGGCACCAUUUGAUAGGUGUAAUCUGCAGUUGCGAAAGAAACUGUGGUAAUUAACACUUACUCCAAUUAUUCCACAGUUAGCGCAGGUUUAUGAACGACCAAUGUAGCCCUCGUUCUUAGGGCGAUUCGGAGUUGGACAGUCCUGAGGCGAAGAUGACGGAGCGGCGUCGCAUGUGCAGUUGGUUUGUGGUGCUUAAUAUGCAGUCAUCAUCACAUUAAAUGCACUGCAUUCCGAGUCGCCACACUACUGCUUCGAACUUCACCCGUGCGAUCAAAAUUAUCUGACAGUCAGUUCGGCAGAGGAUAUCAUCUUCAAGCUGGUCGUCUCUAUAAGCAUCCACCAACAUAGGGAAAAACACGUGGCUGAAGACAGUGACAAAGAGAGCGUACGCAACCCUGCUUAAACGCAUUUUUUCACCAGGAAAUUUUCAGAGGUUGAUUUAAAAGCCAUGACGACAGUUACUGUCUCAUCGUUACGUCUCCUGACCAUCGGCGUGGGCCACUAUGGAUAAUCGACAUUUACCGAGAUGUUUUUGCGGCCACUUCUGUGAACAUCAUGUUGGCUUAUUCAAAACAGUUCAAGAGUCUAUUUAUUGAUUAUAUUAGACGUCCGAGUUUCAAGUUUAAAUUCAACCCUACGAGAAGAAAUGUCUACCAGGAACACGUAUAUUGCUUUGUCGGUGUUUUGCGGAGCUUGUUCUGCUCAAUAUUUUCGAAACGUUGCAUGCUUAACCAGUUCACACGAUGGCUUAAUAUUUAUCCACUUACUUAUUUUUGGCUUUUUCGGUUUUCUUUGCAUAGUAUUUCACACAAGGCGAAUUCUUUCCGAGUAAGGAAAUUCGGGUAUUUGUCUAUGCCUUAAAGAAGAUAUUAUUUAGAAUUGGCAAAAUUCUGCAAUAGAUAUGGAAUGUUUUACUUUAUGAGAGCAAUAAUAAACAGACGUGAACGAUGCUGUACUUGUAAUCAUUAAGCGGUCUUAAAAAUUUCAAAUUAAAAAAUUUUAAACUGAAGAUCACUAUUUCUUUGGGUAUAAAAUCUGAAGGAGCUAUUGUUUUUCACUAAUUGAGAAAGGGAAAGUCUAUUUUUAUACAAGAAUUUUUUGAAAUUUGUUUGAGUUAAUAAGACCAUCAAAAGCUGUGUGAAACAUAAAUACUGAAAAAGCGGUUAAUUUUGCCGAGAAAGAAUUUUGUAGUAUGCGGAAAUGGGAUGCAUUCAAAAGACAAUAUUCUGACAAACCAAAAAUAAUAUAGGAGUGUGUAGCAUGAUAAUGAGUGCUACUAGCCCAUCAAAGUAACCCUUCUGAAUCUGAAACGAAUUUCAGAAUUUCCGUUAAAAUUUCACGAGAUUGGUCAUCCACUGAACAUUUGCAGAUUUUUAAUCUCCACAGACCAGUCACAGACGCGUUACGACGCACUAUUCAUAAGCUUCCAACAGGUAGCGGGUAUGCUACGCACUGAUACAUUUAUCAGCUGACAGUUUUACCUACAGUGGCAUUGCUUUCUGCUAGCAGAUCAUGGUGCGUUCGAACGUACUGCGCAUGCUUGAUUCACAGGCAUACGCUACGCCGUCUACUGAUGAGUGCGGUUUAAUCAUCCGCGAUGAGAGACCUUUGUGCUGUAGCAAUAACCAUAACUACAGAACAAAUAUAUAUUAAGAACAAAUUUAACUCUAAGUGGGAAAUUUUGCGUUUAGCCUAGGAAUGAUUACGGAGAAUAACCGCAUAGGUGAAUCGUUGUGCAGACUUACGAAAGUAAGGUGGUCUAUAGUGCAGGUUGCUAUAGAACGUGAGGCUCCUUUUAGAGUAUCUCGGAAGGUUUCGAGCUGGCCCUCCUUAAUAGUACGUGUCUCCCGUAUGAGUCAACGUCCGGCAACGUGUGACCGAGAUACAAUUUCUAAAUGUCUAUCACGUUUGACUUAAAGCGCUUUAGGUCCACAAAGUGAUCUAUGAGCAGAGGUAUCAGUCCUGAAUGAUUGUUCAGAAAUCGUAACCAUUUCAGAUAUACUAGCCUGAAACUGUCGCUCGCAUGAGUCCACGUCCGGCAAGAUGUGACCGAGAUGCAAUUUCCAAAUGUUUAUCACGCUUGACCAAAAGCGUUUCAGGCUCAUAAGUAAUCAACGAGCAAUGGUAUCAGUCUCUGAAUGUUUCUUUGGAAAUUGUUACCGUUUUAGAAAUACUAGCCUGAAAAUAUUGAGGAAUAUUUCAAAAAGUCCCGACGCUUCUAAAUAGCAAACCGAAAAAACGUACUAUCAGAUGCAAAAGUAAAAACAUUAAACAAAGUUUAAGGAAGGAGCCAAAAGCAAUUUUUCUGCAAACUAAGAAAUUCCAUCGAUAAAGAGGAAGGUUAUAGAACACGAGGGGAGGUAACUUUCAAUUUCAUUAUUUAACUGAAUAGAGUGUGAUUCAAUAAGUAACUAUUUAUUGGCCCUGAUGUCCAUAGCCGGUAUGGGGACAAUCAAUAACCGGGGACGCGUUGUGCCAUGAAACAUCACGGAAGGUUCAGUCAUCAAAAGUAUCACAUGAAGAAGAACUAUUAGCAACCUCCGGUUGUAUUCUGAGUUUGAUCGACUUGCCUUUUUGGUUGGCGGUUUCUCAGGCUACAACUGAGGGCGUAUCGUGAAAGAUUGAAGUCCUAGGCAGGAGUGAACUGAGUUUUCAUAAAAAAGGUACCUCGCACCGAGCACAUUUGUUUGUCCCCUCCUAUGCAUCAAUAGACUGUUCUGGCGAUUUGACGUGGAUGCCACAAUAUUAUGAUGCGAUUGAUCCUUUAUCAAGCGUAGAGGAGAAAAGUCCAAUCGCGUGAAAAAAUCGAAUGAAGAAUAGGUCGUGCUUUGUUUGAUUUCCGAGGAAAUAGAUGCGCAAACUUGGAGUAAAUCUUUUUGAACAGAUUCUUUCAGGCACGGUCCGCAUUGUGACAUUACAUUUUUGAGCUGUGGUCCUUCAGCUACUGCGGAAUAACUGUGUAAUAUUCACAAACUGCCAACAGGCAGCCAGGAGAAUAGAAUUGUGUAAUUAUUUACUGCACUAACAACACGAUUAUUACGCAAAAACCAAGAGACUCUCGUUUUGGUGAUACGGUGCCGCUGCCUGACACAGCUGGUGUUUUUAUUGCCAGAAAACAUACGGGGAAAUCUGAGGGACCCACUGAUGAUCCGAACCUUCUCGGCAGGGAGCGCCAGGCAGCGGCACUAGGCUAGCGAAACACGCGUGUCUGGGCUUUUAGCCAACUCUUUUGUUGUUCGUAAGGUAAAUAAUUACACAAUUCUAUACUUCUGGCUACCUGUCGGUGGUUUGUGAGUACUACGCUGUUAUUCCGCAGUAGCUCAUGGAUUUCAGUCCAAAUAUGCACAUGGAAUUUUGGACCGUGUCUGAAAAAAGUCUGUUUCAAAAGGUUCAAUCCAAGUUCGCGCAUUAAAUUUCUCGGAAAUUAAACAAGGGAAGACUAGGUCCGUUUUCUUUAUUUCAAAACAUAUUGUCAAAUUUGCUCUACUAAUAUCUUUCACAUAUUUUUGCUGCAUUUGGCAAAACGUGGGGGCGAAAAAUUACGAACACUUUUUGUUAUAAGGACUAUGAACUUCAUAUAAAAGUUUCUGUCCGGACUUAAGAAUUGUCAAAUAUGAAUGAUCUCGGCACUUGUCAAUAGACUUUAAUGAUUACUGCGUAUACACAGGCAUAUCUUGGUCUAUAUCAUGAUCUUAUAAGUAACAACGCUUCCGAUAAACGCAAACUGUUUUGCGUGCUGCUUUGCAGCUCACCUUGUAAGGGUGCGCAGUGACUUGUUUUGAAGUUCCCUGUGGCAGCGGAAAGUUAUGCAACCAGGUGCAAUGGGCAACAGUUGGCGCGGUGAAAAACAAAACUUACCGUGAAAUGAUCCUUGCCAACUUCCCAUUUGCCUUGUACGUGAACUUAGCGGCCGCCACCCGGAAAGGUCUGCCCUUCUUGCAGGUUUGUGUUGGUUUGAAUUCAAGCACAGACGGUUGACAUGAGACGUUUUGAGAGUCGAAACAGUUAAUCUCAAACUGCCUUCAAAACAGUGAGUCGAUAUAUUGGCGGUAGACCCAAGGUAAAUUUUCCAAACCUGCGUUAGCGGGUAGCUUUAAUAGGAGAUGGCUAAAGUAAAUAUGCUAAUUUUGAAAUUUUUGCCGAAACUGUAAAAUCAAAUCUAAAAUAAUUUAGUCACCCCCUGGAUAUCAGUUGUCGAAAGAACGUUUUUCCGUCGCAUUUAAAAACUAUGCUCUGUAGAAAUUGACAACAUCUAUACCAUGAAGUUUUACCCUGAAUAUACGAUGUCCUUAAACGUUCGAUUGGUUUUUAUGCAAAACGUGCGAAAAAAUAUUCACUCUUUUAUAAAUGUUUCUGACAAUCACGUCCUCUUCAAGGUUUCUACUUGAAGGAGAAAUAAAACUCAGUUUUAAAAAAAAUUAACCGAUUCCCGACCGCAAAAGAUUUGAUGUAAGGUAGUCAAUCAGUGUGCUGCACUGCAGUACACGACCAUAGGUCGCAAGAAGGCCAUUGCAGGAACCCCAUGACCUGGGCUAUGAGACUAACGCAUUCUCUAUAUUCUAUAGAUGUUUCACCUACUGGCCGUCGUAGUUGCAAUCAUUUUGACAAUUAGUAGGCAACAAAAUGUGUACGAACAACGUUAGAUUCAAGGAUUACUUGAUAUCAUUGCCAGUGGAAUCAUACCCUCAAGGCAUAAAUGAUCUUGCCUAUCGAUGGGACAGAUGCGCAGAUGUUCAAUCAACCUACUCAGACUACUUCUAAAAUAUGUAGUGCCAACUUUAUCAAGAAUGGGUACUUGAUUUUAAAAUCUGCCAGUAUGCUCUAAGCAGACUACCAGCGAAUAAUCAUUGAUAAAUAUGGGAAUUAUUAAGGAUCAGAGUCUGUCAGUGUUUAGACAGUGAGACGGUUGUCAAACGCAGUGAUGCUGAGAGAGGCAGUUGAUUAUCACAUUUUUUAUAAUAAUUUAAAUUCUAAAUGGGCUUUUGGUCGACCAACUAGCCGCAGAUCCCUACCAGGUUCUUCUUAGUCUGCCAAAAGUUGUUAUAAAUCGCGAUUCUGUAGAAAAAACCACUCAGUGAUCUCGAAGUAGAAGACUCCGAUGACACUAAUUUGCAUCGUGACUUUUUUGAAGUAACCUGUGGCAGCGGCGUGUGAUGCAACCAGGUACAUGGAGCAACAGUUUGAAGGGUGAAAAACAAAACUUUCCUUGAAAUGAUCCUUGCCGCGCCCGGAAAAGUCUACCCACCUUAACCGGUUUGAGUUGGUCUGAAUUUAAAUGCAGACGGUUGGCAUCAGAUGUUUUGACAGUCGAAACAGUUUUUGCGAAAUUAAAUUCAAAGUAGAGAGUUGAUAUUUUUAUGAUGGACUUGAGCUGAUCUUUCCCAAUAUGCGUUGUUAAGUUGCUUUAAGAAGAGAGGACCACAUUAAAAGCUCCAAUAAAACUACCUAAUAUAAGCAUCCACAAAAACCCCAGUGUGAAAACAGCCUCUGCAUUUGAAUUGUACGGAUUAGCAAGCGGUCCAUCAGGCCUUUAGUGAGAGAUCGAUCACAAUAAAUGCUGACCACAAUUCUGGAAUGCGUUUUCAAUAAGGAAAGGUUAGCUAACUGGGGUUGUAAUGGAGCUUAGCCAACGACAUAAUCUUGUGAUAUUUCGGACUGGCUAGAAGAACGGCUUUUGAAUGCACUCCUUUUUAAUGACCUGUUGAAAUUGUCCUCGGCAAAAAAUGACUACUUAUUUGCCAUGCAUUUUUCACACUGAUUUUAGAUUGUCUAGCAAUUUCAGAUACAUUUUGAAGAAAACAUGCACAAAAUAUGCUUUCUUUUACUCGUUUGGUAGAAGAUCCCGUUGUCUAUAUAUUUACACCGGAAAUAUGAGGUAGCUAUAGGUAUUAAAGAAGUUUCUUAUUAUGAGCCUUUCUACAACUGCAAUGUCCAUUAAUAUUGCAUCGUACACGUCCAUUUACCAACGUUCCUCAUGAAAUGUGCAACAUGAUCCGCAUCCAUCGCAAUAUUUUAUAAUUUUUAUAUGGAUUUGCCUUAAAGGCAUAGAGGAAUAUAUGAUUUUUCUUAAGCGGAAAACAUGCACUUUGUAGACGGAAUUUGUUAAAUGUUGUUGCAAAGGCUGAUCAGGCUCAAAAUUUUUCGGAAAUCAACAGACUUUUUGGCAACAUAUAUGAAGCCUUUCGUCGGAUAUAAAAUGUGAAGACACAAGAUUUUCUACCAAACCAGCAAAAGAAGGCAUAUUUUGCGCACAUGAUAAACUCAAAUAGAACAAUUUGGGCACACAAAAUUUUAAAUAACUGACAGGGUGUGCAGUGGCUUGUUUUGGAGUCUUCUGUGGAGUCGGCACUUGAUGCACUCAAGUGGAAAAAGAAAUAUUUUUUGCAUUCCCCCCGCUCCCUCGAAAAACCGGUAACAGUGAUGUGUAGAUUAUAAAGGAUAAAGAUUGCUUUAAAAACCCCACGUCAGGAUGCGGGAAUGCGAACGCACGUCACGAGUCAGUUAUGCUGUCCGGAUCACAAAUGUAAGAACAGUGUGAGCUUUCAAAGUAAAGCGACCCAAAAGGCGACUGCUGAAAUCGUUAGUGGGCAAAGAAGCCGAGUCUAAAACGGAGAAGGCAACCUGAUGUAUGACCAAUCCGCCGUGAUAUUGGAGAAGGUCUAGAAUCCCCACAAAAGCACUAGCUGACAGGACACGGGGACAGUAAUAUAACAAUCCUUACGGUAAACGUAUCCGUAACCUCAAAAGUAAACCAACUCUUUAACAUACUUAUGAUCUUAACGCUAACAAUAACUCAAACUUAUCCUAACACUAAUAACAAAACCGUAGCCGGUAGGACGAUUGUGUGUAGCCUGGACUGUGCAAGGCGAAGGAGGGGUUCCUGUCUUACGGGAUCGGUGGGAAGGGGGGUUUUUAGGGUGGGGUAAACGGGGAACCCAUCAAGGAGUUAAAAAAAAGUAAAAAAAGAGGUUUAAAAAGAAAAUAACAAAGUUUGUUUGAGGUGAAAAUGUGCCGAAAAUUCAAAACCGAAGCCGUAACUAAUGGGAGCAAUAUACCCAAGGCCAUUCGGCUGAAGGUGCCCCAUACAAUACUGCCACUGAGGAUGAAUCCUGGUCAAAUGCUAACGACAAGUAGGGCAGUGGAAAAUGAACACGAAGAACGGUAAGUAUGAAUUCAAAAUACGGAGGACGGAAGCCGUAUUUAUUAAUUUGUUCAAUAAUUACCAAACGUUUCCCACUUAUAGAAGGGUGACAGCAAAGAAGAAACGUAAGCCCGCUCCGCAAGCUAAUAAUGCCAUCGGAGAUUGAACAGAUCCUGGAUAUUAUCCAGUCCCCAUAUGUAGUGCAAUAGUUACAAGCUGAACGAGUCAUGGCGACAGAAGCCAGAUGUCGCUGUCGUAAACCGAUGCCGUUGCGAAUAUUGCGUCAGCACACAGACGGGUUUGCCUUCAGGUACACGAAAAUAUUAAUAUAAUGCAUUGCCUAGGUGUAACAAAUGUGGUACCAAAAGGGCACUGAGAACUGGUUCGGUGUUUAAGGAUAGUCGCCUGACUUUAUCGAAGGUCCCAUGUGGCUGAAGCCUAUCCAGUCUCAGAAGAGCACUCGGAAAUCGAGAUAUGUAGCAGCUGACCGGAAAGGUAAGCAGUGAGAUGUUAAUGAUGUUGUACACAUAGUGCAAUAAUAGCGGCCAGUGGAAUAACAGCCAGAGAGAACAACUGAACGGCCAGGCAAUGGACAUUUUGGCCACUGAAAACUGGUACAACGGAAACAGUUUGUAAUUCUUUCAUAUUCCGCACUGAAAUAGUGAAUUCCUUACUAUACCUCUCAACCUUUUUUUCCCUUUUGUCCCAUAACCCCAGCCGAAAAUGCGCCAACGGGGAUUGAAAUCGUAGUAUUUGAAGGGAUUGAUGGAAAACCUAUGAACACCCUAACUUCCGAUCAUGACCAAUCCGAAGGCUACUUCGUAAGUUCGCUGACCGUCAAACCGAUGAAUGAUGUACGUCUAACAGGAAAGCCAAACCUACUGGUCACCGCAAAGCGACCAAACCGCCCAACCACACGGGCGUACGAAAUCGAACGAAGCGCAAGGGGAAAGCGAGCGAAAGAGACCACAAAGAAACCCCGAGGGCCGGGUGGAUACCUAAGCCCGUGAAAGUGCAAGGAAAGGCCAAACCCCUAUGGUUGGUUAACUGUUCCAAGCGGGCUGCGGUUGGGUGUGGGGAGGGGAAGUGAGCCGUACGGCAGGCAAAGAAAACAAACGGCAAGCGGCCUUAGGAGAACGCACAGAAAGCCAGCAACCGGGUUAAACGCCUGUACGGCUAAGCCAUGAAGGGCUAGUGCAGCCCCUGAAGUAUGUAGAAAGGGCAGGUGCACUAGCGGGGCAGACCUGCACCGAUGAAGUGCACCCAACGCCUACGCGCCUAGCCAACUCACGCGGUAACCGCAUGGAACGCGGUAUGGGAGGCCCCCCCCCGCCAUCGAAUACAACGGGGUUGUUUCAUAAAAGGGGGGAUGUAGGGUAGCGAUCUGUUAACACGAAUGAAGCAGCUAGCAAUUAGAAGGAUAAUGGAAAACGUGUUGAAUCGCAAUUCGCAUAGGUUAAGUCUUUCACCUUUUACUAAAGGAUUCCGUGUGGGGGGUGCAAUACAGUGAGCCCAUAUAGACAGCCUUGCAGCGCCUCGUUCUCGGGGCGGUUAAAGUGAAGGAGAAAUUCAUCCUGACAGAACCUCUACGCCAUAUCAUGCAAACGUAGCUGGAGUACCCAGUCGUAGUAAUGUAGCAAGCGCGCUAAGUGGCCGAUGAGCGGGAAUGUGAACGUGAGCAAUAUCAUACAGCAUAACCGCCCUUCCUUCGUCCUAUUGGCAGCUGUAAGUAUAUGCGGGAGGUAUGGCAAUGGCACCACAUCAGAAGACAAGGUAUCCCAAAGCGAGGUAGAAUACAUUACACCCGCGCGGCCGACACGCCUGAAAUAUGUAACUUAAUAAAAGCACGCCUACUGAUAAGAAGCAAGUACGUCAACAAAGUUGACUCAUAAUCCCAGGCUACUCAGAAUUGUCUCACCUCGUGGCCGUUAUCCUAAGCCUAACCUCAACCGUGACCCUAAUCCUAAUACUUAUCUUAACCUUAACCUGUACCCUUACGUUGACGUAGCACAACUCUAUCCCUAACGCUAUUUCUUACCCCAACCUUAACACUAAACAUAAACCCUAGCCAUGAUCCAAACCUAAGCCACCUUUAACCGAGACCGUUGCAAUUACCUUGACCGUAAUCCCUAACACUAGCACUUACAAUCACCCUAACCACAAGCCUAACACUUAACUUAAGCCUCAAGCGCAGUUUAGACGCUUGCUCUAACCAGAACCCUUAAAUUUAACUCAAACCCCGUAACCUUAACUCAAUUCUCCGUCUGACACCAACCCAACCCAUCAAACUAACCCCGCCUCUAAACCGAAAUCUCAGGUUGCCAUUUUCAGUUUUAGUUUUUGUCACCUUCCCCACUAACGACUUUAGCAUCCUCCUUCGGUUUGCCAUUCUUGCAAUGCCCUUAUUGCGGCUAUAAUUGGGACCCGGACGGUGUAACCGACCCUCUACUAAACGCCCUUCACUCGGCCCCCCAUGUAAGUGUUCCCGUACAUAUUCCUUAACUUCUUACCUUCAACGUCUACGCACAUUCUACGCAACCCCGUACAAUCAGCCCUGAUAUUAGCUGGAUUCUUAGCAAUGACUUCGUUGGAAUUCAGCCCAAGAUAACCUGUUUUGGAGCGUCCCUUUUUCCCGUGUCCAUCCUGGGGUGACUCCGUAAGAAAUAUUUGCUGUGUGGCAUUCGAAGGAGUGUUUGAGCUGAGCUCAUUUUUACUUAACCACAAACCGCGUAGUGGGGGUUACAGUUGAAUACAAUCACAGAAGGUUUUUGCUUAACUGCAGUUCGCAUUACGACUCCGGCUUCAGCUGCUUUACGUCUACAUGACUGCUCCAACUUUGCUGAGGGCCUGUUUAUUCCUUUACCUAUGUUUGGUUUGUUACAGUUCGCAACAUUCGAAAGCGCGUUAUGUGUAGAAAUAAAGAUAAAAAGUUUGAUGUUUUCUUAAAGUUAAUAGUGAACCAAUAAAAGAUGGGCUACAUUUUGACAGGACAAAAUCUGCAGGCAACAAUAUUCAAAAGGCAAUCUGGUUAGCGUAAGUCUUCUUUCAUUAGAUUCUCUUAGUGCUCUUAAAUUUAUAUUUAAAUUGCAAUAAUGAAUCGAUAGAUGCGUUCAAGUAGAUAAUUAUGCUGUAGUUCCGGUUUGAGGAGGGAGGGGAGUGUGAAACCCCAGAAUUCCAGUCAGCGCUGGGGCUAAGGUGGACUCAGGGCAAUGUUGUUAUUUGCGUGUGGUUGGCUUGGUGGUUUUGAACCUCGGCAACUGUAAAACCUGUUUGAAGAUUUUCUGUGCACAUUGGACCGGUUGGCGUAGCCUAAUUGCAGCCGCCUCUGUCGUAGCCAAGAAGCGUUUCCCAAGUAUUUUUGGGUAGCUUAACGACACCUAGUAAAUCACUCGGAAGGCCUUUCUGGCGUCCAUACGGUAGUAUAUGUCAAACUGGUGCGCAAGAUUACAGCUGCCGAUGUUCUUUAUCCGACCUUUUGCUUAACAUAUAGGACAAUGGUCUUUUACUCAUUUUGGCAGACACCGACUUGAGCGGCUAAUAUAGUCUGCCCGUAGGAGCAUAUGUAGGCGAAAAUACAUAUAUAUGCGGUCUGAGUCGGUAAUUUGUCCUUGCUUCUCCGUAUAGAAUGGGACCAGUUAGGUAUGUUCUACCAGAGAGGCCUUUCGAUUGAUUUACAAGGUGUUGUCAAGCUACUUGGCUAACGCCUUUCAGCUGCGACGGAGGUAGAUGCAAUGAGACUACGUUAACCGGUCCUACUCGCACAGAAGAACUUCGUACAGGUUUUACAGUUGCCAUUGUCCAACGGCUCAAGAAAGCAAUUAAUGCGUACUUGUUAACUAUGUGGAUCCUGAAACAGACUCCGUGUUGGGCGUCCAUUAACAUGACAAAAAUUGUUAGGCUGAAGGCGGUGGCAGCCAGUGAUUAAUCCUGAUUCAUUCCUUUGGCUUCUGCAAGUGCUCCUUAAACUUCCUCAUUGUUCGUGACGCGCGCAAUCAUCCCGUCGUGAGACCGAUGCCCUGUGUGCGUGAGCCUUGUAGGACAGCCGAAUUUCUGUUUGAUAUUCUGCAGCCUAUCGCGUCUCACGAUGUCGGAGAACUACGUCAAGUCCAAAACGGUAGGAUAAAUGUGGAUACGCUUUUCCUGCUAUUUUAUGCGGCUAGUUUGUAGUAAACCACACGUCGGUGUAUCUUUGAUGAUGGUGGAAGCCACAACGGUUAUACAGGAAAGUCACUGUUCGAGAUGGCUGCUGGGAGGUUUGGGGAUGAGGCAUAUGCGACGUUGCAGCAGUUUUCACUGAGUUGCCGGCCCUCUUUGCGCUUGUAGAGGUAAACGCUUGUCACGUCUUUGAAAUUGUGAGGAAUUUGUCCUCUUGGCGCGGCUUGCGCCUACACCUGUUCCUGCCACCACAUCUCACUGAUGGCAUUCGUCAUGGGUGCGCAAUUGCCGAACCGAGCCGUGAAUCCUCUCUGUUCUGCGGUCGUAAACUAACCUGCUUCGCUCAGCCUACUCGGUUUGCCCUUAAUCGGUCCAUUCUGCUGUUCUUGUGCAAUGUGCAUGAUCUGGAGAUGCUGUAUUGCUAUUGUUUGUCCCCAAAGCUGAAAACGGAACUACCGCCGUUGUAUAUAGGCCUCCAAAUCAAUCUGCCGACGAAGAUCAAGCAUUAAUCAGUCGAUUUCGCGAGGACAGUCAAAAGCAAAACAUUAGUAUUGUAGGUGUGCAGUUGUAUAUAACAAACUGGUGGGUAAUCAGCAGAGUUUUUAAACGCCUUACCUAUCAUCCUAGCCAAACAAACUGAGACCGAAACUGAAGUAGUAACCAACAACUGAGUUUAGCUAAAACAGCUUUACUUCAAAGGUACACUUUAAACGCUCAGCCGACGUUUGCGCUUGCUUGACCAUAUUCAGCAAACUUUCUUCCUGCUUAAGAGUGAUUCAGCGGAACUUGGAGUACGUCGGCACUACCUUUUCCGGAAAUGUGGUUGUGGCGCAAAUUAAGCGUUUUCACAUGGAGUCUACCCGCAAAUGUAUUAACAGCGAAACAAGCCGUGCAGCCGAACGUUAAUGACCUAUGCAGCUUGAAUGUCUGAUUCUAAAUUCUAACCUUGACUUUGUUUUCGAGCUGCAGUUGCUGAAUGCUUUGGCAUGGCAGCAAAUAAAGCACAACUACCGCUAUUUCAGGCUAUCAAUGUGAGGGUAAUUUGGGCGCAACUUGAGACUUAGCUCUCGCUCAAAGUUCUUAUGGGAAGCCUAAAAAUUGAACAGAUUCGUUAUUGGGAUCUACGUUCUUGUGACACCCAACCGCAAAAAUAAGAUCUUUGAAACCAUCAAAGGUCAUAUUUUUCAUAAUUCGGCAAAAUCCUGUUUGGUUGCCGUACCUGUUAGGGGUUGGGCUUGGGGUCGGAGGUUUUUGUAAAGAUUAAGAUGUAUGGGGUCAAUGGUUGGGAGUCAGGGUUAGGGGUUGAGGUUAGGGGUUUGGAGUUUGGGCAAGGAGUUGGGAUGAGGGCUUAGGCCGGGGCUUAUCUACUGCAUGCAUGGCCACGACACAAAAUCCGACCAAUUAUUCUUUUAACUACGGAACAUGUCACUCGGGGUUGUUCUUGUGCUGUAAAAAAUGUUCACGGUGAAUACGCAUCUCGUUAGUUGUUGGCGAGGACGUACGUGGUUUGAAAAGUCUUCUAAUAUGGAAUCCGGGCUGCCUUACUUAGCACGUAAUGGCUCCGUUGGAAGGGUUCGAGGGCAUGCUCCAUCGUGAAGGACAUGAUGACAAGGAAACCCUGUUUCGAUGGAUAAGUUUGAAGAAUGCACGGAAGCCUGCACGUAAGCGCAGGAAAUACAAUUUAAUUGAUGCCUAGAACUUGCUUUCGGCUCGAGGUCAGCAAGCAAACGUAUUUUUGACUGUGGAAUACGAAGCGUUCAUCAUGAGGGCCGCCAUCUGGAUAUUUAUGUGAACUCCGCGGUUUAAAGUAGUAACCAGUUCCCUAAAUUUAGUCAAAACCAAGAAGGACACUUCGCACUCCUUGAAACGCUUGAUUGCGUCUUCUAAUUAGACGAAAAACAUAGAUCUGUGUCCAUAUAGGAGUUUUGACUUGUCUCAAACACGGGUUCCUUCGAUAGCGCUGUGAUCAACCCCCGUUGUCCAAAGGUUUUCUAAGGAUCCGCUCGAAAAUUUUACCAAUUAGCGAACUCGAGUCACAGACCAAUAGGAAUUGGCGUGGAGUUGACCUAAAAAGUCGCCAAUCAACCAGCGCGAGUCAUAGACCAAUGGGAAUGCUUUCAGAGGCUGACGACCCUCUAAAAGAUUCUCCUGCGAAUGGGCCGGGCUGUUCAUCGCAAAAAUAAGUAGUACACUGCAGACUAUGUCUGGUAAUUGUUUUGGUUCUGUCUGUUAAUUUUAUAGGCACGACCGGCUACCUCGCUUUUGCGCAGAAAGUCUAUAGCGAAUUAUUCAAAGCCUCGUCUGGUAAGUUCCAUGACCAUCACUAGUAUGUACGUUUUGCAAAGGGGAAGCUGCAAAUUGCUUCAUAUCGCCGAUCAGUAUAUACUCAACUAUUUCACUGGUUCUCGCUGGUAGCGACAAAGCCACCAGAGAAGAAAUAUCAAGUGCACUUCGUCUGGAACAUACUGGAAGCCUUGGUGUUGCCAUUAAAUGUGCCGGUGAUAUUAUAAAGGAUGUUUUUGAGGACGAUCAAGGCACAGAACUUAUCCAAGCCAAUGGGAUGUUUGUACAGUCUGGUUUCGACUUGUUGGAUUCCUUCCUGGAAACACUGCAAGUGUAUUUCGCGGCAUCCGCGGUUGAGGUAUCUGCUUGGCAGUUUGGCAAAUAAGUGUUUUUACAAGGUGGACUACAUGAAAAACCUGGAGGGUGCUCGUCAAACGAUUAACGAUUGGAUUCUACGUCAUACGAACAAAAUGAUUCACAAUCUCAUUCCUGAAGGAGUUUUAAGUUCUGACACAAGACUGGUUUUAGCUAAUGCUGUUCAUUUUAAAGGUAACUGAUGUAUGACAUCACUAUGCUGCCCAAGGCAUUUGGGAUGAAAAGUUUGGACGUGAGAGUACCACGGACGGGGAGUUUUCUCUAUCAGGUGGUAGGAAAAUCAAUAUUCCCAUGAUGUGCUGUGACAGAGAACUAUUAAUUGCUCAUUUUGACGAAGAGCUCGACGCCAAAGCUAUCCGAAUCCCAUUCCUCUGGUGCGUUGAAUGGGCCUAUCUAUUUCAUAUUCUGGUUAGAUUUUGUCCUUUGCAGCAUUGUUUGUGUUUUUUCUUGCGUAAUAAUCAUACAUAAUUGAGAUCAUAUUUUAUAUACGCACUCCUCAGCCUUCUAAGUAUCUCGAUUGCAAGUCGCCUGGUUGGUUUACCUUAAUUGAUUUUAAGGCUCUUGAAUGUCUGACUGUUGUAGCUUUGCAGAAUUUUCCUUGGCAUUCUUUGGGAAGUUUCUGAUGCGGUUUCGGUCACUCUUAAACUUCCUGCUGUGUUCGCUAGCACCCUCCAUUAACUCACGUUGAAUUUUUAAAAAAGUGUUCGACACUGAAAAUUUCUGUCAAGAAUUUAAUUUGUUAUUUUCAAUUCGCGAAGCGGAAUAUUUCGAAAGAAAAUAUCUCGUGUUGGUAUGUUUCGUAAAUUAGCGAUCCUGAAGUUUCACUGUCCAUCUACCGUCAUCUGAUUUUUUUGUUUCAUGAGUGGAUUUUUGAGUCAUGAUUGCAGGUAUUCUGGUUGCUAGACAAUACGUACAAUCUCGGGGGCGUGCAUUAACUUUAUCAUAUUGCAUCGACUUAAAAUUCUAAUAAGCAUUUCAGGAGGUUGCGGUCUUACCACGUACUCUGCCAUUUAUUUGUCAAUCUGAAUGUGAUUGUGUUUUUUCUUAUCUACCGCAUAUACCGAGUAUCUGGAUGCGUUGUUGAAUUUGGAGAAAGUGUAAUUUGUAGGCCAACUGAAGUGAACCAUUGAAGACGCAUACUCAUGAAGUUAUUGGGAAUUGCGGUGCAUAAGGCUGUGUAGGCAUGUUUUGACAGAAAUAUGCAAUGUUGUCCGAUAGUUAUCGACGAUUCGACGAUAACCGUUUUUAUUUUUAUGUCUACAAUUAUUACCACCUCCAAGCAUGCUGUCUUUAAACAACUGUGAGUGAUUGAUAUCGCUCGUAUACUUUUGAAAACACAGGUUGUGGUGGAACUUAAACCACACUAAUGUUUGCCUCAUCUUCCUUUACUUUCAAGUUUUCCAUUCCUUACUAUUGUUAAGAUAGGGAUUGGUGGAGUAGUUAUGAACUUAACAUGCCUUUUAACAUUUGGGUAACAGUCGAUUUUUAAUUUAUGAGUAAAAAUAUAUGUAGAAAAUUUAAUUUUAUUAGUAUGAGAUUAACUGUAUCUGUCGCUAUAUCCUUGACUGGUACUUUUAGACUUUUCCUACGAUUGAAAUUCUUCUGUAUUCAAUGUCUUACAUAGGAUCGGCUCCUUUUUAAACUAAAUUAUUUGUACACUGAAGAAGGCACUCUCCCGCAGUGGAUUUUGACCCUUCCAUGAAAGUCUAAAUGCGAAUGCCUAAUACUUGGAUAAUUCAGCCUUUUCAGCGACGAUGUGAAAUUGCCCUAUCCGGUCCUAACUUUUCUUUUUUAAGCCAUGAUAUGCUCAUCUUAUUGCCAAACGCCAAAGAUGGCAUUAAUCAAGUGUUGUCAAAACUACUGGCGACAUCCCAAGAAGACCUUUUCGCCAAAAUUCUUUCAAAAGACUCUUACACCUUGUGUAACGUCACACUACGCCUUCCGAGGUUCAAACUAGCAGACCCAAAAAACAAAGAUUUAAAAGAUGUCCUCUGCGCAAUGGGCAUGCCUUCAGCUUUCAGCUUUGACUUAGCUGACUUCUCGGGCAUAACUGGCCACAGAGAUCUUUUCAUCGCCAGUGUUUUUCAUAAGGCAACCAUCGAGGUGAGUGCAUUGCCACCUCCUACCAUUAACUAAAUACUGCAAACAGAAAUUUUGUUACACUGUUAGGUCUGCGGCCAAAUUAAAGUGCUUCUGACCCUUUUUCCUUUUAGGUAGACGAGGAGGGAGCCGAAGCAGCUGCUGCAACGGAAGCUGAAGAGUUGGCAGAUUGUUUGUUCUACCCAGUACCACAAUUCAUUGUGGACCAUCCUUUCCUGCUCUUUAUUGUCAGUGAAUCGGGCCUGCCAGUGUUCAUGGGCCAUGUGGUAAAUCCGGAGCCAAAGCAGUGA